AUGCCAUUUGUCAUUACAUUCUUUCUCUUCCUUAUAUCCUCAGACAGUAAAUGCUUCAUCGAAGACACAUGUUAUGACGAGGGACAGGUAGAUGAUAAUGACUCUUGUCAGGCAUGUAACAGUGCGACCGACACAGCUGCCUUUUCGUCAAGAGCCAACAAAUGCUUUAUCAACGACACUUGUUAUGACGAAGCCGCUGCACAUCCCGAUUUCUCCUGCCAAGUGUGCACCAGUGCACAGAGCACGACUGAGUUUACUCUUCAAGCUACCAAAUGUUUUAUUAACAACGUGUGCUAUAAUGCUGGGGAUAAGGAGCCAGGUGUGACUUGCAAAGAGUGUGAAAGUUCGAGCAGCACUACGGAGUUUACUCUCACAGCCAACAAAUGCUUUAUCAACGACACUUGUUAUGACGAAGCCGCUGCACAUCCCGAUUUCUCCUGCCAAGUGUGCACCAGUGCACAGAGCACGACUGAGUUUACUCUUCAAGACAGUAAAUGCUUCAUCGAAGACACAUGUUAUGACGAGGGACAGGUAGAUGAUAAUGACUCUUGUCAGGCAUGUAACAGUGCGACCGACACAGCUGCCUUUUCGUCAAGAGCCAACAAAUGCUUUAUCAACGACACUUGUUAUGACGAAGCCGCUGCACAUCCCGAUUUCUCCUGCCAAGUGUGCACCAGUGCACAAAGCACGACUGAGUUUACUCUUCAAGCUACCAAAUGUUUUAUUAACAACGUGUGCUAUAAUGCUGGGGAUAAGGAGCCAGGUGUGACUUGCAAAGAGUGUGAAAGUUCGAGCAGCACUACGGAGUUUACUCUCACAGCCAACAAAUGCUUUAUCAACGACACUUGUUAUGACGAAGCCGCUGCACAUCCCGAUUUCUCCUGCCAAGUGUGCACCAGUGCACAGAGCACGACUGAGUUUACUCUUCAAGACAGUAAAUGCUUCAUCGAAGACACAUGUUAUGACGAGGGACAGGUAGAUGAUAAUGACUCUUGUCAGGCAUGUAACAGUGCGACCGACACAGCUGCCUUUUCGUCAAGAGCCAACAAAUGCUUUAUCAACGACACUUGUUAUGACGAAGCCGCUGCACAUCCCGAUUUCUCCUGCCAAGUGUGCACCAGUGCACAAAGCACGACUGAGUUUACUCUUCAAGCUACCAAAUGUUUUAUUAACAACGUGUGCUAUAAUGCUGGGGAUAAGGAGCCAGGUGUGACUUGCAAAGAGUGUGAAAGUUCGAGCAGCACUACGGAGUUUACUCUCACAGCCAACAAAUGCUUUAUCAACGACACUUGUUAUGACGAAGCCGCUGCACAUCCCGAUUUCUCCUGCCAAGUGUGCACCAGUGCACAGAGCACGACUGAGUUUACUCUUCAAGGCAGUAAAUGCUUCAUCGAAGACACAUGUUAUGACGAGGGACAGGUAGAUGAUAAUGACUCUUGUCAGGCAUGUAACAGUGCGACCGACACAGCUGCCUUUUCGUCAAGAGCCAACAAAUGCUUUAUCAACGACACUUGUUAUGACGAAGGCGCUGCACAUCCCGAUUUCUCCUGCCAAGUAUGCACCAGUGCACAAAGCACGACUGAGUUUACUCUUCAAGCCAACAAAUGCUUUAUCAACGACACUUGUUAUGACGAAGCCGCUGCACAUCCCGAUUUCUCCUGCCAAGUGUGCACCAGUGCACAGAGCACGACUGAGUUUACUCUUCAAGACAGUAAAUGCUUCAUCGAAGACACAUGUUAUGACGAGGGACAGGUAGAUGAUAAUGACUCUUGUCAGGCAUGUAACAGUGCGACCGACUCAGCUGCCUUUUCGUCAAGAGCCAACAAAUGCUUUAUCAACGACACUUGUUAUGACGAAGCCGCUGCACAUCCCGAUUUCUCCUGCCAAGUGUGCACCAGUGCACAGAGCACGACUGAGUUUACGCUUCAAGCUACCAAAUGUUUUAUUAACAACGUGUGCUAUAAUGCUGGGGAUAAGGAGCCAGGUGUGACUUGCAAAGAGUGUGAAAGUUCGAGCAGCACUACGGAGUUUACUCUCACAGCCAACAAAUGCUUUAUCAACGACACUUGUUAUGACGAAGCCGCUGCACAUCCCGAUUUCUCCUGCCAAGUGUGCACCAGUGCACAGAGCACGACUGAGUUUACUCUUCAAGACAGUAAAUGCUUCAUCGAAGACACAUGUUAUGACGAGGGACAGGUAGAUGAUAAUGACUCUUGUCAGGCAUGUAACAGUGCGACCGACACAGCUGCCUUUUCGUCAAGAGCCAACAAAUGCUUUAUCAACGACACUUGUUAUGACGAAGGCGCUGCACAUCCCGAUUUCUCCUGCCAAGUAUGCACCAGUGCACAAAGCACGACUGAGUUUACUCUUCAAGCCAACAAAUGCUUUAUCAACGACACUUGUUAUGACGAAGCCGCUGCACAUCCCGAUUUCUCCUGCCAAGUGUGCACCAGUGCACAGAGCACGACUGAGUUUACUCUUCAAGACAGUAAAUGCUUCAUCGAAGACACAUGUUAUGACGAGGGACAGGUAGAUGAUAAUGACUCUUGUCAGGCAUGUAACAGUGCGACCGACACAGCUGCCUUUUCGUCAAGAGCCAACAAAUGCUUUAUCAACGACACUUGUUAUGACGAAGGCGCUGCACAUCCCGAUUUCUCCUGCCAAGUAUGCACCAGUGCACAAAGCACGACUGAGUUUACUCUUCAAGCCAACAAAUGCUUUAUCAACGACACUUGUUAUGACGAAGCCGCUGCACAUCCCGAUUUCUCCUGCCAAGUGUGCACCAGUGCACAGAGCACGACUGAGUUUACUCUUCAAGACAGUAAAUGCUUCAUCGAAGACACAUGUUAUGACGAGGGACAGGUAGAUGAUAAUGACUCUUGUCAGGCAUGUAACAGUGCGACCGACACAGCUGCCUUUUCGUCAAGAGCCAACAAAUGCUUUAUCAACAACACUUGUUAUGACGAAGGCGCUGCACAUCCCGAUUUCUCCUGCCAAGUAUGCACCAGUGCACAAAGCACGACUGAGUUUACUCUUCAAGCCAACAAAUGCUUUAUCAACGACACUUGUUAUGACGAAGCCGCUGCACAUCCCGAUUUCUCCUGCCAAGUGUGCACCAGUGCACAGAGCACGACUGAGUUUACUCUUCAAGACAGUAAAUGCUUCAUCGAAGACACAUGUUAUGACGAGGGACAGGUAGAUGAUAAUGACUCUUGUCAGGCAUGUAACAGUGCGACCGACACAGCUGCCUUUUCGUCAAGAGCCAACAAAUGCUUUAUCAACGACACUUGUUAUGACGAAGGCGCUGCACAUCCCGAUUUCUCCUGCCAAGUAUGCACCAGUGCACAAAGCACGACUGAGUUUACUCUUCAAGCCAACAAAUGCUUUAUCAACGACACUUGUUAUGACGAAGCCGCUGCACAUCCCGAUUUCUCCUGCCAAGUGUGCACCAGUGCACAGAGCACGACUGAGUUUACUCUUCAAGACAGUAAAUGCUUCAUCGAAGACACAUGUUAUGACGAGGGACAGGUAGAUGAUAAUGACUCUUGUCAGGCAUGUAACAGUGCGACCGACACAGCUGCCUUUUCGUCAAGAGCCAACAAAUGCUUUAUCAACGACACUUGUUAUGACGAAGGCGCUGCACAUCCCGAUUUCUCCUGCCAAGUAUGCACCAGUGCACAAAGCACGACUGAGUUUACUCUUCAAGCCAACAAAUGCUUCAUCAACGACACUUGUUAUGACGAAGCCGCUGCACAUCCCGAUUUCUCCUGCCAAGUGUGCACCAGUGCACAGAGCACGACUGAGUUUACUCUUCAAGACAGUAAAUGCUUCAUCGAAGACACAUGUUAUGACGAGGGACAGGUAGAUGAUAAUGACUCUUGUCAGGCAUGUAACAGUGCGACCGACACAGCUGCCUUUUCGUCAAGAGCCAACAAAUGUUUUAUCAACGACACUUGUUAUGACGAAGGCGCUGCACUUCCCGAUUUCACCUGCCAACGACCAAUUGUUUUAUUAACAACGUGUGCUAUAAUGAUGGGGAUGAUGAUCCUGAAGAUACUUGCAAAGAGUGUGAAAGUUCGAGCAGCACUACAGAGUUUACCCUCAAAGCAUGACAGUACAUCUAACUAUGAUAUCCUCUAUUUCCACCAGAAUGACAGUACAUCUAACAAGGAUAUCCUCUUUUUCCACUAG